AUGAGAAUCAAUUUUCGUGCAAAUCGGCAGAUUACCAUAGCCAUCAACACAGCUCUGAUUAUUGGGCACUUUCACCCCAAACGUAAUACCAGAAUGCAUUGUUUAGCAGACGUGGCAAUCACACCUAUAGGACCUAUUGACUCAAUUGAAAAGGCAUUAGAGCUUGCCAAACCACUUCUAGAAGCAAGUGGGCAAGAAUAUGUGAUUCAUGAUGGUGGAUUUACCAUUGAUGCCGAAUGGAAGGACGCUAUGACUUUGGUUGGUCAGAUACAUGAACAUUUGCACAAAUCAGGAUUUGUGAGGGUUCAUUCCGACAUGAGAGUGGGUACACGGACAGACAAGGCACAAACAAUGCAAGACAAAAUUAAUGUUGUUGAGAAGAAAUUGAAGCAAUAG